GCCGGAGCCUUUCAUCUGAACGCCCCCAUCUGCUCAUCAUCUGCAGAACUGCUACCCUCGGUGCGUCUCUGCUCAGGAGUCUGGGGACAUUGGCGUCUGGCCCGUGUGGCCCGGUGCCACGGUGGUUUCUUGGAUCCAAGCUCAGAUGUACUGAAAAUUUCAACUUUCCUGGGAAUCCCUUUGACACACUGCUGCAAGAAGAUAUAAGGGCUGGCACCAUAUACCCCACAAGCUGGAAAUGGGGUCAGUGUCAUUUGAGGACAUAGCUGUGGACUUCACCUGGCAGGAAUGGCAGGAGCUGGAUGCUGCUCAGAGGACCCUCUUCACGGAUGUGAUGUUGGAAAAUUACAGCAGUCUGGUGUUCCUGGGGCACUGCAGGACCAAGCCCGAGUUGAUCUGCAAGUUGGAGCAUGGAGUUGAGCCAUGGUGUGUAGCAGAAGCCUCAUUCCACAGCCUCCCAGCAACUUCCCCAGUUGAGGCCAGCCAGGUAAAUCACAAGAGUCAUUUGUGGAAAGUUGGAAUCACUAACAGGAAGACAUUAAAUGAAGAAAUGGAUGAAGCUGAACAAAAGUCGAGCCAGAAAAUCCAAAAAGGGACAGAAAGUUGUAAAGGGAAAACAUAUGUGAGGAUGGUUUACCAGAAGUCACAUCACACAAGAACUCUGUCGCACAAAUGGAAAAAAACUUUGUAUUCCAACUCCAAUCUCACUAAACAUCAGUGUCUUCAUAGAAAGGAGAGUAAGGAAUGUGAGCCUAAGGAAUGCAGUAAAACAUUCUUGAAGUCACAGCACACUGUACCUCAGAGAACACAUUCUGGUGGAAAAUCCUUAGAAUGUACAGAAUGUGGGAAAACUUUCACCCACAAGGUACUCCUCCAUGAUCAUGAGAGAAGUCAUAUGGGUGAUAAGCCAUACAAAUGUUUAGAAAGUGGGAAAUCUUGUAAUAGAUCAAAAUGUGUUAAGCCUCAGAGGGCUCAUAAGAGUAAGAAACCAUGUAAGUACAAAGAAUGUGGAAAAGCUUCCACUCUGAAUACGCACCUCGCUAUUCAUGAGAGAUCUCAUGUAAGUGAAAAGUCUUAUGAAUGUGCAGAAUGUGGGAAAGCUUACACCAGCAAACAAAACCUCAUUCACCACCAGAGAACUUACACUGGUGAGAAACCCUAUAAAUGUGCAGAAUGUGGGAAAGCUUUCACUCAGAAGGCACACCUCAGUGUUCAUGAACGAACUCAUACAGGUGAAAAGACAUAUGAGUGUAUGGAAUGUGGGAAAGGUUUCUAUUUCAAGUCACAACUCACUGUUCAUGAAAGAACUCAUACAGGUGAGAAGCCUUAUGAAUGCACAGAAUGUGGGAAAUGUUUUUAUGUUAAGUCAAAACUCACUGUUCAUGAGCGGACUCACACUGGUGAGAAGCCGUAUGAAUGCACAGAAUGUGGAAAAGCAUUCACUUGUAAGAUGUACCUCAGUGAUCACCAGAGGACUCAUACAGGUGAGAAGCCCUAUGAAUGUACACAAUGUGGGAAAGCGUUCACUCAGAAGGUCCACCUCAAUGUCCAUCAGAGAACUCACACGGGUGAGAAAACCUUUGAAUGUGCACAGUGUGGGAAAGGUUUCUAUUUCAAGUCACAACUCAGUGUCCAUGAGAGAACUCAUACAGGAGAGAAGCCCUAUGAAUGCACAGAAUGUGGGAAAGCUUUCCGUGACAAGUCCCAACUCAUUAAACAUCAAAGAAUUCACACAGGUGAGAAGCCCUAUAAAUGCACAGAAUGCGGGAAACCUUUUACUCGGAAGGUACACCUCAAAGCUCAUGAGAGAACACAUACAGGAGAGAAGCCCUAUGAAUGUACAGAAUGUGGAAAAGUGUUCCGAGUCAAGUCACAGCUCACUGUUCAUGAGAGAACUCACACAGGCGAGAAGCCAUUUGAAUGUACACAAUGUGGGAAAGCUUUCACUCGGAAGGUACACCUCAAAGCUCAUGAGCGAACUCAUACAGGGGAAAAGCAGUAUGAUUGUGCAGAGUGUGGGAAAUGUUUCUAUUUCAGGUCACAACUCACUGUUCAUGAGAGAACUCACACAGGUGAGAAGCCUUAUGAAUGCACAGAAUGUGGGAAAGCUUUCACUCAGAAGGGCCACCUCACUACUCAUGAAAGAACUCAUACAGGUGAGAAGCCCCAUGAACGUGCUGAAUGAGGGAAAGCUUGCACCAGCAAAAACAAGCAAAUAGCAAAACAACUUGAUGGAAUUGGGGGAGAAUGAGAAAUAAUGAAAAAAUAUAGAAUGUGGAAAAGCUUUCUACACUUGACUAGACAUCAGAAAAUAAGCAAAGAUGAUUAAGCAGAGGAUAACAAUUUAGUAAAAUAUAUCACCACACCUUAUAAUGUGAAGAAAUUCAAUACAUAUGAGAAUUAUAGAAGAGGACUUUAGCUACCUAUAUACAUUAAUAGAUAUUGACAUCAAAUAAUUUCUGAAGUUGUCUAUUUGAAAUUAAAAGAAAAUGUUGGAGUUGGGAUGUGGCUCACAGGCUCUGAAUUUUAUGUGCAUAUAUGAAAGUUCUAAUAUUCCAUCUCUAUUUUAAGCAUUUAUAUUUAUGGGCUAAUUGUCUAAAUAAGAAAAUGUGGAGAAAUUGCAAGAAAUUUUGAGUGUCUUGUUGGACGAGGAUACUUGGUGUAUUUUGGUCAUUGAAAAAAUUGUAGAAAAAUGGUCAAGCUUGGAACACAUCAUUCUGUGUGAACCCACACAAUCACAGAAAGACAACCGUCAUGUGGUCUCACUCAUCUGAGGUUCCUAACC